AUGGAUACAAGUCAGUUGGUCUCGUUCUAUACGCAUUACCAGCUGCUUGACGUUUUGUUAGGUUUGCUUCUGCUUAUAGUCUCCGUGGUAUUUUCUAGUUGGUCUUCCCCCUACUGCCGUCCCUUUAGCUGGACUGACCCAACGAUUGAUUACCCUUAUUUCACGAGUGUGACGUUUCCGACUUGGACGCUUGUUGUUUUUAUUGUGUUGGCGUUGCUUCUUUACACCGCAGUAGUGAGUUACCUUGGGGGCACUCUCUGGGUUUGGCUAAAGGCGCAGCUUUUGGCGGUCAUUUCGCAGCUGGUGGUGGUUAAUAUGCUGAAGGUCUACGCUGGACGAAUCCGCCCCGAUUAUUUGAACCGUCUGCGAAGUUUGGGGUUUAAGGAGGAAUCGCACCAAAAUGCUGGUAUGAGUGGCACAAGAGCUGCGGAGUAUUACUGCAGGCUAGGGGAUGAGCACCGCGUGCUGCGUGAGGGACGUCUUUCAUUCCCUUCAGGGCAUAGCUCUACGUCGUUUGCAGUGAUGACGUUUAUGUCUCUUUUCUUGUUUGCAUACACGCGCCCCUCAGCGCGCGGGGGAAGCUUCUUCCGUUUGCUGAUGUCUUUGUCGCCCAUGGUCAUUGCCUUCCUGUGUGCCGUGAGCCGAACGCGAGAUUAUUGGCACCACUUCGACGACAUUGUGGCUGGCGCCUUGUUAGGGAGCGUCAGCGCGUUGCUGUGCUUCUACAAUGCUUUUCGGAUCACAGAGGGUGGCUUGUGUGUUGCAAGAGCCAUCGAGUUAAUGGAGCAAGAGGAACGCGUGGAAGCGACCCCACAUGACCCUCAGAUAACCGUGAUUGCUGGUUGA